CACACAGGUUAUUUCUUCGAUGCCUAGAAGUACCAGUGCGUCAGAUACAGUUUCAGAUUCUAAUAGUGAUUCCGAGGAGAGUAUAGACAAAUCUUCUCGAAAACGCGAGAAAUUUUCUCGAAAGCGUGCCAUGGAAGAUCAAGAAGAAGGAGAACUACAUCUCCCAGCAGACCCGCAACACGAGGUAGAGGAUGUGCCCGAUAACGACGGCCAAGACGAAAUUCCAGGUGAGCCUAAAGAGCCUAAACGACCAAAAUUAGAUCUAGACGUAACUGAGUUUAGAGUGUCUAGUACAUCAUCUAAAAAGAUCAGAAAGUGGAUCUCGAAAUCUUUCGCGAAAUCCAAGGCUAAGAAGCUAAGAGAGCGUUUUCAACCAAAAUUUUCUUCUUCGUUCGAAUUGCUUAACCCCGAAAUGGAUGAUUCUGUUUAUCGCCGCCUCAAAGAGUUGAAAAAUUUGGUGGCCACGAAGGAAAAGAUAGACAACAAGGAGAGCGAAAUGAGAGCUAUGCAAUUUAAGAUUUUGGAUAUUGUAAGACCGAUGUUAUUCAUCUGGGAAACGGCACAAGAAGAGACAGCACGCGACGCAGCUAAAGUCGCAAUUAAACAAUGGGCUCAUGCCUUUUUUGCCUGCACUGACUUUCGACGAAACAAUUUGCUAAAACAAACAAAUCCAUCCUUUGUGGUGAUGCUGAAACGGGAGAAGAAUUUCGACGAAAAAGAAUUUGAAAUGCUCUUUGGAGACUUAAUUUAGUAAAAUAUCCACCUUCCCUAAAAGGGUGGAUUCAAACCUUUUACAAUAUGAUAGAUUUUACGACAAUGAGGUCUAUAAAAUUAGAAAAAGACGACAGAUAAGUAGAAAACAGUUAAUUUUUAU